GGGAGUUUGGGCAGAGUGGAAACGGUGAGCUGGAACGUCCCAGCAAGCAGGAGCGUGGGCUUACAGCUGGGCUGCUCGCCGGUGGGGAAUCAACCAAAAGCCCUAGGCUACAGAAAUGUAGCACCAAGAGUCACCAGCAGGUCCCGCUAUGGGCGAACCGGAGAACACUGCGCACGCGCAGUCGAAGACAGCAGCCAGUGGUGCGCAAGGGCGAAAGGCAUCUUUCCCCACGCCCAGCUUCUCCUCCAGCCCUCCAUCGGAGGAUCGCAUCGCCGAGUCACCUCCCGACCCGUCUUCCCCGCCCCCACCGCGCCUGCUGGUCCGACUGCGCGCGCAGAGGCUGAGCCGGCGCCAGCGGGAAAGGGAAGCGGCGGGGUGGGGCAGAUUAUGGGCAACAGUUCUUUUAACUGAUAUAUCAUCAUCAUGGCUAAUGAGGAUAGUCCUUUUACAUCAGAUAAACAUGCCCAAUUCAUCAUGGCUCAGAUCAACAGAAUGAGGAAUGGGCAGCAUUUCUGUGAUGUGCAGCUACAAGUUGGGAAGGAAACUUUUAACGUUCAUCGGCUGGUUUUGGCUGCCAGUAGUCCCUACUUUGAAGCUUUGUUCACUGGAGGAAUGAAAGAGUCCUUAAAAGAUACUGUACAGAUUCUAGGAAUUGAAGCUAGAAUCUUUCGUAUACUUCUAGAUUUCAUUUACACAGGUAUAGUGAAUAUAGGUGUGAAUAAUGUCCAGGAGUUGAUUGUUGCAGCAGACAUGCUGCAGUUGACUGAAGUUGUUAAUCUUUGCUGUGAAUUUCUGAAAGGACAAAUUGAUCCACUGAACUGCAUUGGGAUCUUUCAGUUCUCUGAGCAAAUUGCCUGCCAUGAUCUUUUGGAAUUCACAGAAAACUAUAUUCAUGUCCAUUUUUUGGAGGUUCAUAGUGGGGAAGAGUUCCUGGCACUUACAAAAGAUCAGCUGGUCAAAAUUUUGCGAAGUGAAGAGCUUAGCAUUGAGGAUGAAUACCAGGUCUUCUUAGCUGCAAUGCAGUGGAUUCUGAAAGAUCUGGGAAAGAGAAGAAAACAUGUGGUAGAAGUGCUAGACCCAAUUCGAUUCCCUUUAUUAUCUCCUCAGAGGCUUUUAAAGUAUACAGAAGGAGUAUCUGAUUUUAAUCUUCGUGUUGCAUUGCAAGCACUUUUGAAAGAGUACUGUGAAGUGUGCAAAUCUUCCAAAGAGAACAAGUUUUGUAGUUUUCUGCAGACAUCUAAGUUUCGACCUCGGAAGAAAGCAAGAAAGUACCUGUAUGCAGUAGGUGGAUAUACUCGAUUGCAGGGGGGACGCUGGAGUGAUAGCAGAGCCCUCAGCUGUGUAGAACGUUUUGACAUGUUUAGCCAGUACUGGACCACUGUGUCUUCACUUCAUCAGGCUCGAUGCGGGCUGGGAGUAGCAGUCCUGGGAGGGAUGGUCUAUGCUAUUGGAGGUGAAAAGGAUUCAAUGAUUUUUGACUGCACUGAAUGCUAUGAUCCAGUUACUAAACAGUGGACAACUGUAGCUUCAAUGAAUUACCCCCGCUGUGGAUUGGGAGUGUGUGUGUGUUAUGGGGCUAUCUAUGCUUUGGGUGGAUGGGUUGGAGCUGAGAUAGGGAACACCAUUGAACGAUUUGAUCCUGAUGAAAAUAAAUGGGAAGUAGUUGGCAAUAUGGCUGUGUCACGCUAUUACUUUGGGUGCUGUGAAAUGCAAGGUUUAAUUUAUGUAAUUGGGGGCAUCAGCAAUGAAGGAAUAGAGCUUUGUUCUUUUGAAGUUUAUGAUCCACUUUCUAAGCGCUGGUCUCCACUUCCUCCAAUGGGAACCAGAAGAGCAUAUCUUGGCGUGGCUGCACUUAAUGACUGCAUCUAUUCUAUUGGAGGAUGGAAUGAGACACAAGAUGCUCUUCACACUGUAGAAAAAUAUUCCUUUGAAGAGGAAAAGUGGGUUGAAGUUGCCUCAAUGAAAGUGCCUAGAGCAGGCAUGUGCGUUGUGGCAGUCAAUGGGCUUCUGUAUGUUUCUGGAGGUCGAUCUUCCAGCCAUGAUUUCUUGGCCCCAGGAACCUUGGACUCAGUUGAAGUUUAUAACCCUCAUUCAGAUACAUGGACAGAAAUUGGUAAUAUGAUCACCAGUCGUUGUGAAGCAGGUGUUGCUGUGCUAUGAAGUAUAAAGCAUACAAGCACACCAGAAACAUUUUGAAAAUACAGGACCUGACCUUUUGCAAAUCAAGUGUAUAUUUGGUGAUAGGACCCUCUGAUUUUAUUGAGUCUUCCAUGUAUUUUGUUGAGAAGUGACUAAAGAGGGAUUUUUAUAAGAAUUUGAGAAGGUAUAUGGAAAAUAUCCUAAAUUAAUAAAGAGCUCACACAAAUUUGCUAAGCUUACUAACAACAGAAAUGCUGUUUAUGCUCUAGAAUUGUCCAGUUAAGGGUAGAGUCCUAUUUGUAAAAAUGAUUUUUUAGAGGCUUCUUGACUAGUUGUCCCUUUAGCUGCUUCUCCAGUGCAAUUCAAACUGCAACACGACCUUUAUGUGAUACAGGAAUAAUAGCAAUGUGACAGUUUGAAGAUCUCUGUACAUUUAUUCAAGGCAGAGCACAGUUUUCCAUGACCAUAAUUUAACGUACAGAGAAAAACCAAUGUAACAACUUCCCUACUUUUACUUGAUGCCACGAGUUUUCACUAGCCUCAAACUUUUUAUUGGCAGCAGAUAUACUAGGAGUAGCCUGCAGGAAAUAUCUAGCUAGCUAUAUAGGUAGACAGAUAUUUGCCUGUUGAUAACAGCUUGAUAACAACAUAAGGAAAACUUUUGCUUGCUCAUGUUUUUUGUCUUUAUGCUGAGAAUGCAAGUAAGAAAUUAAUAGGAAAUUCUUACUGACAGUGCUUUAUUGCAGUAGGAUAAUCUAAUGGGUGAUAGGGCCUGACAGGAGGUAUCACGUGCCUAGGAAGUUUCUCUGUUGUUUUCUAGAUAGUUGCCAAAAAUAACUCAUGUUUGGCUUUGGAAAGAGGGAAUUUUAUUAGCUGAACAAGCUUUGUGCAGGUUACUUGUACCUGGGCAAGCCUAACCACAAGCUUACUACAAAGCCACUGCCUAGACUGUGUUGAAAAAGACUAUUUGUAGGUACCUGUGAAACUUUUUAUAGACACUGAUUCAUAAGUUCAAAGGCCCUAAUCCAAAACUACUUCUAAAACUUCGCAUUUCCCCCAAGAAGCCUUUUAAAGAAUUGUUCUCUGUUCCAUUCUGAAAGGAAGAUUCAUCAUGUACAUGAUCAUUACUCUUUAUUUUUACUAGCCAGUUGGAGCCAUAUAUGUUAAAAGUCUUGCAUGUAUUUAGGUUUAACUAGCUGACUCAAGGAUUUGAUAUGUAUAUCCCCGAUUUCCCUAUUUCUUUACUAAGGCCCCUCAGUGUAUUGUUAUAGACAUCAACAGCCUUAUUUAGAUAGAAAAUCUUUGGUAAGCAUUAAAUUACUCAGGUAGCACUCAUAUCCAAAAUAUUUGGAUUGGCCUACAAGGACAUUUUAAUAAUCACAUUUGUGUAUCAGGAAAAGCUUACAUAGUGCAGACAGAUAGCUGUGUCCCCUUCACUGGGGUAUCUUGAAAGUCUGAAGGGUCACAGAUACCUGGUUGGGAUCUGUAAAAUGUCAAAAGAAUGAAGUGAGAUGCCUGGUUGGGAUCUGUAAAAUGUCAAAAGAAUGAAGUAUCAAGAUAAUUUGUAAUUAUUUAAGCUUUAACUUAUGUGCCUUUAAUAUUUCUAGUUACAGAGAAUCUGCACUGUGGUUCAAAACAGAUUUACAGAAUGCUCCUGCAGUUUCUCAUUAUUGCCUAGAACCUACUUAAAGUGGCACUGUGAAGAGACUUUACACUGCUAUAUAAAAAUAUAAUGUCAAGAUUAUGGAGGUGAUUCAGGAUAAAAAGCAAACUGCAGUUGUAAAACACUGAUAGAAAUGAAAGACAAAUAAUACGGGAUGAGCCCCACAGUCCCUUUAUUCUUGUCAAGGGGAAAAAGAUUUUUAAGGUCCAGAAGAUUCCUGAAAAUAGGUAAUUUUAAGUAUGCUUAUUAUUUCCUAGACAAUGACAGAUUGUUUAAAAAAAAAAAUGUACUAAUAAAGCAUCUACAUAUUUUCUUUUCUUUGUAUUACUUAAUUAGCAGCGUUCCCGGAUUACUAAACUGUAGUAUAAUUGCCCAGGUUUUAAAGUUUGUUUUGUUCUAACUUUUGGGAUUUGCACAUUUAUUCUACCUUUGUUUUUUAGCAACUUUUAAAGUGAUCUUCCUCCAAAAUAUCUGACAAUUGAAAAUGCAAUAUCCUGUCAAUUUCAGUUAAAAUCAAAUGUUGUUAAAAAUAAGAAGCAUAUACUGUAAUUCAGCUGUAAUACAGCAUUUUUAGUGUAAUUGGGCAAUUAGCUUAAAAAUAUGACUUAUCCCUAGUUUUGGAAUAUGAUGUUAUUUAAUUGAGAUCAAGGAAGUUUGGCAAGUUUGUACAGUAUUCAUGUAAUUUAGGAAAGAAAUGAGUUUCCUCACCAAAACCAGUAGAAUUUGAGGAAGGUCUUCUAAAGGGUAUGGGCUUCCUUUCCUUCCUUAUUAUGCUGCAGAACUAUUCUUUACAUUAAAAAAAAAAACAAAGGCUUCUAUAGUGGUUUCAGCCAUGGGCUUUAACUGGUAAGCUUUUCAGUGGUCAGAACUAGGUCUCGCUCUGUGGUUUGUAAGAGAAGUAUACAAGUUCACACUCUAGUCCCUGAUAAAUUUUGUCAUAGUAAGAAUCACUAGAGUGGAUAUCAUAUGGAUAUAAUUUACUUAUGAAGUUUAACUUAGCUAAUAUUUGAAUAUAUUAUACAAAGAUAACACAUACCAGGUGAUAUCCUUUCCUAUAAUUUCUAUUCUUACACCAUUUAAAAUGUUUUCCCUUUUGUGAGACUAGGAAUUUCAAGAGACUAGGUUUUCAAGUUAGAACCCAAAGUGUCUCUUACAGUUUUUAAAAAGAGUCUCUGUGAGUUAACAGAUAUAGAACUAGAUAAGCCUGCUCUUCAGAUCGAGUUGACUCCACUUCACUUUUACCCAAUUUAUAUGUACUAGUGGCUUUAUUAUUUAAAUGUUUUUGAUCAGCUGGUGUUAAACGUGUUUGGUGAUCAGGAAGGGGAUAAGCUGCAUCUAUACCAUGCCAAAUAUCCUGAUUAAAAACUAAAAAACGUGUCCAGUUUUUUCUUGAAGUUUGCUCUCCCUUGUGACCGUUCCCUACUGGCUUUAGAGUCACAGAUCCUUUCAGCUCAUGUAACUGGGUUAUACCAGGUAAAAUGAGCCUGGAAAUGCAAUGCCAAGAGGCAACUGCCAUGAAACAUCACACUGAAACCACCUGUUACCUUCAGACACUCGUGGAUGCAAGAGGUUUUCCUCUUGAACUGGGAGAUUGUGCUUUUUUAAAAAAAUAAAGUCUAGCAAGAGGGCUUUUUCUUUUUUUAAUUUUACAAUUUUCAAGACAAAACACUGAACUAUCUAAGUGGAUAACUAUAUAAUUCAUAAACACUGAAUGAGGACUAUAGACUGAAUGAGGACUAUAACCUAAUGUGACUGUCUUACUUAUCUAGUGCUGCUGUAACAGAAAUACCACAAGUAGAUGGCUUCAACAAAGAAAAAUUUAUUUUCUCACAGUCUAGUAGGCUAGAAGUCCAAAUUCAGGGCGUCAGCUCCAGGGGAAGGCUUGCUUUCUCUCUGUAGGCUUUGAAGGAUGUCCUUUGUCAUCAAUCUUCCCCUGGACUAGAAGCUUCCCUGUGCAGGAACCCCCGGUCCAAAGGACGCGCUCUACUCCCAGUGCUGCUUUCUUGGUGGUAUGAGGUCCCCCACCUUCUGCUUGCUUC